AUGUCUAAUGAUUUCGACAAUGAGCAAAAAGAAAGUACCAACUUUAACGAAUUUACUUCUCAAGCAAUCUUUUCUAAUCCAAUAAAAGAAUACCUUUAUGGUUUUUUUGGGCAUAUUUUUGAAACAAAGUACAACACCCAUAUAAGACUCAGAAUCCAAAUAUUUUAUGAAUUGAUUAUAAAUAUCAUAUUUAUACUUCAGCUCUCUACAUUAUCCUGGCAUCCUAGCUUAGAAACAUCUGGCUGGAAUUCUUAUGUAGGUUUUUGGAAGUCAUUUUCUUUUAUAUAAUCACUUGUAUUGAAUUCAAUGAAAAAUAAUAUUAAAAGAAUAAAGUUUUUAUCAAUUAAAUUUCAUCUGGCGACUUUUGAUGGUAUAAGCUAUGACGAAGUUUGUGAAAGUUUUGAAUUAACAGAAUUUUGUUUUUAUGGAACAGUUUCUUUAAUAGGGACUUAUUUAAUUUUUUUUAUUGUUUUUGGAAUUUUUAUGUAUUUAGAAAAAGAAGUCCCAAGGAUAUUUGUAUUUUUUUCUAGAAAAAUUGCCUCGCUGCUUACAUCUGUAUGUGUUAUUCCCAGCACGAUGAUUUUAUUAAUGUUAAUGCUAUAAGCUGAAUAUUUGAAGUCUCUGCUUCCAGAUGCGUGUUGGCAAAAGCGAAUUGAGUGGACUUUCACCUCUGGUAACUCUGAGUCCAGGCCAAACCCCUGGUUUCUCAGUAGUAGGUUGCCCUAUUUGUGCCCGCAUACCCUUGCUGGGCACCACCAUUUCCAACUCAGUCCUUUCGCCCUGGACGGUGCCAUCCUUUUAUAGUAUCCUUCACGCAAGGGACUACCAAUAUGCGAGUCUAGCCUCCUCCCUUUUUCCAGAUCAUUCCUGAGAAAAAACUCAACCACUUCUGUGAUUCGGGGCAAAGCCAUCAAGAGCAGCUUGAGUAGGGAAAUCACCCUGCUCCAUUUCUGGCACCCACUGGCUAGGGCGCUUCUGGAAAAAGAUUCAUGAUUAACUGCUCAAGGAUCAGGCCAAAAAUCAGCGGAUCUGCUCUUCAGCCUGUCGCUUCUAGGCUUCUGAUAUUUCUAACCAUAUAAUUUCUCCUGAAAACCAUGCCCGGAUAUACAUGGGGUACCUUCAUACGAGAGGACGGGUGUCAUCCUCCAUUAAUGUAUAUGCACAAUGAUUUUAAGUGUAGUUAUUAAAUAUUCUUUGAUGAAAAAAGAAAUAAUCGAAGAAUAUUCAAGGACAGCUUCCUCUGAAAUUUAUAAUUUUGGGGUUUUAGGGAUACUUAUAGGAAUUUUCUGCUUGCUGGUACUGAUUUUUAUAAAUUGAUUUUGUGAAGCUUUUUCUUGUGAUAUGAGGCACUCGAAUUUCAAGAAAAAUAUAAAAGCAAGAUCCUGCUCAAAACUUGACUUAAAAAAGCGCUGGUUUAAUAUAAUGAUAUGCAUACUAUACGUAUACAUUGGGAAUUGAAAUGCCUGGAUAUACCAAAUCAUUUUUUUCUUUUUUUGCUUUUAUUUAUGUCUGCGCAGUAUUCAGCUUUUGCAAUAUUUCAAUAUAAUUGAGAACUGUAUUCAUGCUUGCAAAAUGGCAUCUGUUUCAUGCACUUUAGUAAUCCUAUUGUUUGGAGAGCUAGUUGAUAAUGCACUAAUUAUUGUUUUGCUUCAUUUAUUUGUUCUGCCUUUUGCUAUUUGUCUAACAUAUAAGAUUAUUCAGAGAAAAUAUGAAAAAAUGCCAGAUAUAGAGAAAACCAAUACUAACAUUGGAUUAUAUUAAGAAUUAUAAUGUUUAAUGUCCAAUAUGGGUAGCCGUCUCCAGAGCUGCUACUAUAUUUUUUUCACGUGUUGGGUCCAUGGAAUCUGCAUCUAUCCACUUUGUUUAACCAAGACACGGAUCUAUACAGAGUUCUGGCUUCGAGGGGUUGUGUUGCCUUACCUUCCUUGACUCAGCUCCUGGGCAUGCUCCGCAUAAGGGUUACCUUCCUCGGGCGUGCUGAGAGCUAAAACUUCUAUCUUCUAGAUGUACUUGGAGAAGUGCCUCGGCUUAUCUGCCAGAGUAAAACUGCUGUUACUGUACAGAAGUUCUCACUCCAACCUUUAAAUUGGAACAAAAAAUCUUGUUCCAAUUUAAAGGGGGGUUAAGAAAAUUUUUUAAAAAAAUAUAAAAUUUUAUAAAACAAAAAAUUAUAUAAAAAUUUUUAAAAAAAUUCAAAAAUUUAUCGAAUUAAUAUAAUAAAUUUGUUUAAUAAAAUGCUAUUCACUCUUCAUUCUUUAAAACAAAGCAAGAUAUAAAUAAAUUUUUAUUAUUAGUUAAUACGCCACUAUUAAUUGUAUCAAAAACUAUUUACACAAAAAUUUAUUAUUUUUAUUUGAUAAGAAAAAAAUUUAAAAAAAUUUCGAAAAUUUAUCGAUCAAAUUGCUAAUUUUGUCUAAAUAAGAUGCUAUUUAUACUCUAUUCUUUAUAAUAAAGCAAGAAAUAAGUAAAUUCUGUAAUUUUGUAAAGAAUUUCGCAAUGAAUUUAUAUAAAAAUUAUUUAAAUACAAAUAUCAUUUUUAUCAAAAAAAUAAAAAUAUUUUUUAAAAAAUUUUUAAAAAAUAAAUAUAAAUCUUAAAAAUUUAGAAAUUAAGGAUAAUAGAUUUAUUUAAAUAAGAUGCUCUUUAUACUCUCUUCAUUAAACAAGAGCAAGAUAUAACUAAAUUUUUAAUUUUAGUUAAGAAGAAACAUUUAACUUAUAUCAAAACAUUUUAGAUAAAAAUCAUAUAUAAUUUUUUAUUAUAAAAUUAAAUUUUGUUCAAAUUUAAAGGGGGUUGAUUUACCAAAAAAGUGAAAUUUUACUUAUAUUUUGCUCCAAUUUAAAGGGGGGGAGUCAGAAGAAAACCUAACCCCAUAAAUAAAUUGCUUGAGGGAGAGAAAAUUAGCGAAGCUAAUUUUAUUCGAACCGAAUGCCAUUUUAUUUAUAACCAAUACUAACACAAUUUGAUUUUGAGCAGAAAUAUAGGAGUAUUUUGACUAAUAGUAAAUAUGAAAACAAAAAUCAGGUUAUUGAAAUAUUUAAAGCAUUAUGACAGCUGCCAGGGUUUCAUAAAGAUAAAUUGUUUGUAAUAUGAGAAUUUAACUAUUGCUAUUUUAUUAUGAAAGAUGAAAGAUUAGCAAGAAUAAAACUUACGAAAAUCGCAGAUACUAAAUCAUCAUUUGAAGGAGAUAUACAAGAAUGAAGACUUUUUAAUUGGCUUUUCAGAGAGCACAAAUCAUCAUUUAAUGAUAUAGAUCACUUAAAGUACUUAAAAGAUUUUAGUAAAAUUAAAAAAAAUGAUGAAGAGCUUUGCUUGAUUUUAACAGAACUGCAAGCUGAAUUCUCAUCAAAAAAUCCUAGACUGGAUAAGUUAUCCCAUUUAGUGGACCGUACAGCUGAAAAUAUAUACUUCUUGAGUGAUGGAUAUAAUAGCUUGAUAGAGAAAUAUAAAAACUCGGAAGUAUUUGAAUAUUAUGCGACCUUUCUUGAUGCGAUAGUAAAUAACGAGGAUAUAUUAUUAGUAUGGAGGAGGCGAGCACAUAAUCUUUUGGUGCAAUUUCCUAAAUACCUGCAGGGAACACCUAGGAGGAGCUAAGCCGAGAAACAGGUAUGGCAAUCUUAAUAUAUGCGUGCAGAGGUUUCUACGUGCUACAAGGCAUAGUACCUGGGACAGGGUUUUUUUCUGAUAUAGAACUGAAAAAGCAUUUGAAUCUAGUGCGAUACUGGAGGUUGUGCCCUAGGUCCUACGCCUUUAGAAACAGAAGCUCUAGAACAAGUCAGAUUGUCCGAGCUUGGAGCGAAGCAGUCGUUGUCAGCUUCUUAUUCGGUGACAGAUAGACUUGCAUAGGUGGAAAUCCUUGGCUGGCUUUGAAUAAGAUACUUAAUUGAAUUUAAAUAACCAUGAGGAAGCUGAUUUUAUUAUCAGGAAAAAAAGCACUAUAAAUUUUUUCAGUCAACAAAAUUAUGAAAGAAAUCUUGAAAAUUAUGGCAAAGACCUUCCUACAAUUCUCGCUUCAUGCUCUAGCGAAAAUUUUGGUACUAUUGUAUAUAUCAAUGAUAAGGCUUCUCAGCUUCUGAUGUCAUCUAUGGGGAACAUCAUAGGCUUAUCUAUAUUAAAUUUUAUUCCUCAACCGUAUAGCUUACGUCAUGAAAAAUUAAUGAAAGAUUUUAUAUUUAAUUGCAAUUCAACAGAAAUUUUAUCCCACGAUACAUUAUUUUUCUUACAAAACACUGGUUAUCUUCUUGAAUGCAAUUUUAUGAUAAAACUAACUGCAUUUCAUAACUGCGCUUAUUUUUUAAUAUCAUUUAGAGAGUGCUCUAUACAAAGACAGCUUGCCUUGAUUUCAGAAGAAGGGAUAAUUUUAUCAUAUACAGAAGGAUUUUUAAAAUAUUUUGGCUGAGAAGGGAAAAAUAUCAAAGGUAAUAUUUUAUCCGAUAUAAUUCCUAUAUCUGACUUAUUCAAGAUGAAAGAAGCUGAGCCAUUUACAUUCAAGCUAAAUGAUCGUGAAAUAGCUAUGACUUACAUAACGAAAACUAUAAAAACAAAAAAUAUUCAUAUGAUUGUAAUAAUUGACAAUAUAAAUGAAUUUCAAAAGGGGAAAGAAGACAGACCUCAAGUUUUGGCAGGACCAAUUGAACCAGUUUAUUCAGAUGAAGAUGAAAAUGAAUGAGCAGCAAAAGAACAUCAAGAAAUAGCAUUCAAUUCUACAGAUUAUUUAGCACCAACAAAAACUUAUGAAAAUCCAGAUACCACGAUCUUUACAUAUACUCAUGAUAGUCAGCAGGCAGACCAUAUAUUUGAGGUGAAAAAUUUAAUGGAAAAAAAAUCAGACUCCGAAAGCAGAUCGAGAGGUGGAUCAGGGAAUACUCAUCACAAAGCAAAAAAGCUACUUAUGGACUCGAAAAGAAAAAUAAGGGUGCUGCAGCUUGUAUUGUUUUUGGUGGUAAUGAAUAUUUAGAUGUUUUCUGUCAUAAUAACUGACGUUGCCAUAUUAAUUUAUAUGGGAAGCGACGUAUCUUAUACAAGUACUUUAGGCUCCUUUCAAAAUUUUGGCAGACUGGUAUACGAUUUUGAGCUCUCUGCUGAUCUUGCACUCACCAUUACUGCAGUAUAUAUAUAUGGUGGAUCAAAAGAACAACUAGAUUCAGAGCUCAGCAAAUUAAAAGACCUUAUUGAUGAUUUAGAACAAAUUAAAGGGUCUCUUUUCAAAGAUUUCGAACAAUGAAGUUAUUGUCCUCACUCAAAAGUUGUCAGAGAACCUUCAAUAUUACUAUGAUACUUCGAGCAAAAAACACCACAAAACAAGAAAGAAAAUCUCUAUGAUACUGUAGCAAACUACAUUUACAAUGUACGAUAUAUAUAGGCAAAAAACUUUAUCUCAGCUAUAAAUGCAGACGAAGGCUACUGACAUCAUGGUAAAUUUUUAUAUGUAAAUGGGUUAGGUGGAAUUUUUCACGAUGCUGAUAGGAUAAUGGAUGGAUUGGUGGACUGUGAAAUUGAGAGGGUAAAAAGCACUGGAGUUAAUAUUAACAUUCUUUUGAUAUCUGGGUUCUGCACUCUUGGAGUUUUGGUCUUGAUUAUUAUUGGCUAUAUUAUGCUUGUAGCAAAAAAAGUAUAGAAAUUGCCCGAGGAUCGGCUCCACAUGGGAAUGAUUUUCCACAUGUGGAGCAAUUCUUUCACACGUGAGAAUCCUGACUUCCACGUGUGAAAAAAAUGCUCCACACGUGGAAAAUCGUUCCGGUGUGGAGCCGAUUCUCGGGCAAUUAGUAUAGAUGAAUUUUGAAAUUUCACUUUAAACAGUGUGCAAUGGGCUAUGCUUCAGCUAAAAUGCUGUGCAAUGGACAGGCUGGCAACAACACAUGGGCUCGAAUGCAAGUUAGAAACUAGUCCAGAAUCUCAAAGAAACACUUCUCACACAAGAAAAGUGAAAGGUACACUUUACUUGCAAUACAUUUGAAGAAUAAUGCUUUUCUUUGCUGUUGCUGCGUCUUAUUAUUUAUUGAUUUUCAACUAUUUCUACCCUAUACUAGAUCAAAUGAUGACUACUCGUCCUUCUUUGCUCAACAAUUUUAUUAUCAGAAGAGCUUUGCUUAUGAGAUUAUCUCUCUUUUCAAGGGACCGGGUUGUUGAUUUUAUCUAUCAUUUCGUGCCUGAAUUUUACGAUUAUGCUCAGAGCCUGCCAGAGGAAGCAACUAUAAUUGAAUAUAUAGAUACUCUAACAGUAAAAUUACGAUCUAGAAAAUACUCAAAACUCCUCUCAAAAGACUUAAAACAAAAAAUUUAUGAGCAAAAUAAAUUGAGCUAUAAAUUUAUGGAUUAUGGAUCUGAUUCAGCUAUGCAGGCUAUGAUUGGUGAUAUUGAAGAUGUAGGAUUUUUCAAAACUGGCACUAUACAGUUUUAUUUAGAUUUUGUUGAUAAAAUUAUAGUCCUAGCAAAUGAAAUUAAGAAUGAAUUUGUACUUGCAGAUAGAGAUUCAUAUAAUAUUAUCGACGGACAAUUGGAAAAUAUUGUAAAUACAACGAUAAUUUACUGUUUAGCUUUAUGUAUAUUUAUAAAAUAUGAUCAAUAA